AUGCAAUGUCUGUAGUUAUUUAAAUAAAGGUUUAGAUAGAUAGAUAAAUAAAUUAUAUAAUAUUAUAAAUUAUUUAAAGAACUUAUUAGCAUUGUGUGCAAAGAAAUUUUAUGACAAUACAAUUUUUCAUAGAAAUAUUCCAGGAUUUAUCAUUUAAGGUGGAGAUCCUACAGGUAAUCUAAAAUAUGGAUUUAGUAUUUAAGGAACAGGCAAGGGUGGGGAAUGCAUUUAUGGAAGAUAUUUUGAGGAUGAAAUUGUUCCAGAAAUAAAACAUGAUAGAAGAGGAAUAGUCUCAAUGGCAAAUGCAGGAAAGGAUACUAAUCAAUCACAGUUUUUCAUUACCUAUUCGAAAUAAAAUCACUUGAAUGGUCUCUAUACUGCAUUUGGUAAAGUUAUAUAUGGAUGGGAGGCUCUUGAUUUGAUGGAAAAGGAGACUGUGGAUAACAAUUACAAACCAUUGAAUGAGAUUAAAAUAUUUAAGACAACCAUCAUGCAAAUCCAAUAGCAGACAUCGA